AUGUCACUGCCAAGGUUCGUUGAUGCGGAAUUCUUCCCCGACGACACUGCGCUGUUCAACCAACCGCAGAGUCAAGACAACCCUUGUGUUGUUUGGAAGCGCCCCAGCGAGUUCUGCAACAAGGGCGAGAUCAGAGUCUUCUCUGAUUCGAUCACGCCAUGUGACAUCCACCAGGGAGCUUUGGGUGAUUGUUGGUACUUGGCUGCUCUGGCAGCCUUAGCAGAGCAGCCUCAGCUCAUCCGCGAGCUCUUCAGCAGCGACAAGCACAGCAGCCUUGGCGUCUACGAGGUCUCGUGCUUCAAGAACGGACAGCUGACCAAAGUCAUUGUGGAUGAUUUGAUCCCAUGCUCCCCAUCGACGGGCAAGCCCUGCUAUGCACAUGUCAAUGUCGAAGGGGAAGGCGAGAUUGGGGAGUUGAGUCUCUGCAAAGGCCAGACGGUGAGCGAGCUUUGGGUGGCGCUAUUGGAGAAGGCAUGGGCCAAGCUGCAUGGUUCCUACGAGCAGAUUGAGGGUGGAAUUCCGUGCUUCGGCUUCAUGAGCUCUGCUGUCUUUUCCAAGCCUUCGGAUGCAUGA